AUAAUCACUUUGUAUACCCAUACCCGCUGCAAAAUCCAUUUCCCCAAAUUUCAUCAAUAUUGCCUUUCUAAGCCAUGUUCAUGGCGCGAUUACUCGCCGUCUUUCUUCUCUUUUCUCUGGUUUCCGCCGGUCCUCGGCUGCCGGCCGACGAAGUUGAGGCGUUGAAGGAGAUCGGAAAGACAUUGGGGAAGCCGGACUGGAAUUUCACGGUGGAUCCAUGCGGCGGUUUGAAUAGCGAUUGGGUUUCAAAUUCUUUGCGAUUACGUUUUGUUAAUAAUGUCACUUGCAACUGCACGUUCCAGAAUAACGCCGUUUGUCACGUCACUACAUUGCGUCUAAGGUCACUGAACCUUCCAGGUACUCUGCCACCGCAAAUAGUGAAGCUACCUUACUUGCAAGCACUCGAUCUUUCCCGCAACUAUCUCAGCGGCCCAAUUCCUCCAGAAUGGGGUGCCACAAAGCUUGUCAACAUGUAUUUUCUAUCCUUAAAUUUCUUUCCCUUCUUGGAAAUCGAUUUACGGGUCCAAUCCCAAAAGAGAUUGGAAACAUCAGCACUCUUGUGGAGUUGAUCCUUGAAGUUAAUCAGUUAUCAGGAAGUCUACCUCAAGAACUUGGAAACUUGAAGAGUUUAUCAAGAUUACUUCUUUCCUCAAACAACUUUUCUGGGGAGCUCCCAUCUUCACUGGGAAAUGUAAUCACAAUGACGGACUUUCGAAUUAGUGAUAAUCACUUCACAGGGUCAAUACCUAAGUAUAUUCAGAAUUGGCCAAAUCUUGCAAAACUAAAUAUUCAGGCAAGCGGGUUGAGUGGACCAAUUCCUUCUGAAAUUGGACUUUUAACAGCAUUAAGUGAUCUGAGAAUCAGCGACUUGGUUGGAGCUUCAUUCCCCUUUCCACCCGUUAAUUCUUUGACAAAAUUGAAAACCCUGAUAUUGAGGAGUUGCAAUAUAAAUGGGAUGCUGCCUAACAAUCUUGAUGGAUUGGAAGAUGUGCAAACCCUAGACUUCAGCUUCAACAAAAUUAGUGGACCAAUACCUCCUGGCUUUGAAGCUUUGAAAAAAGUGGAUAGAAUAUUUUUAAGCGGGAACUUGCUAACUGGAGCUGUGCCUACUUGGAUGCUGCAGGAGGGAGAAAACAUUGAUAUCUCUUAUAACAAAUUUACUGAGACAGAUUUUCAGGCCAUUGGUUGUGAAGCACGAAGCAUAAACUUAUUCUCGAGCUCUUCACAGGACGAUACUUCCAGUGGAAUAGUUUCAUGUUUAGUGGGCUCUUGUGACAAAACUUCGUACUCUCUCCAUAUCAAUUGCGGUGGGAGGGAAAAUUUAGUAAACGGAACAAUCAGGUUUGAUGGAGACACAAACACGGGCAAAUCAUCAUUGUUUUUCCAAGGUGGAACAAAUUGGGGAUUUAGCAACACGGGUAGCUUUAUGGACGAUGAUCGCUCAACAGAUGACUUUAUUGCAUUAAGUCCACCUGAUCUCCCAAUGAAAGAUUUUGCAUUGUACUCGAAUGCACGGAUUUCUCCAAACUCUCUUACUUAUUAUGCAUUUUGCAUGGGUAAUGGAAACUACACAUUAAGCCUCUAUUUUGCUGAGAUAGAAUUUAGUAACGACAAAUCAUACAAAAGCCUUGGCAGACGCAUAUUUGAUGUCUACGUUCAGAAAGAGCUGGUGUUGAAGGAUUUUAAUAUUGCUGAUGAAGCAGGCGGUGUUGGCAAACCUCUUGUAAAAAAAUUCACUGUUUCUGUUACUAAUGGUACCAUAGAGAUCCGUUUCUUUUGGGCUGGGAAGGGGACAACUGCAGUCCCUUUAAGAGGAGUUUAUGGUCCUCUGAUUUCAGCCAUUUCUAUUGAUCCUGACUUUGAUCCACCAUUGGAAGGUGGAAACGCCAUAUCUGCCGGUGCAGUGGUUGGAAUUGUGGCUGCUGUGGUCUUUAUUAUCAUCUUGGUUCUUGGGGUCUUGUGGUGGAGAGGCAGCCAAAGAAAGAGAAGCACGCUUGAACAAGAGUUGAAGGACCUCGAUUUAGGAACAGGAUCAUUUUCAUUAAGACAAAUCAAAGCUUCCACUAACAAUUUUGAUGUUGCCAAUAAGAUUGGAGAAGGAGGUUUUGGUCCGGUUUAUAAGGGCGUUCUUAACGAUGGCAAUGUAAUUGCAGUGAAGCAACUUUCUUCAAAGUCAAAGCAAGGAAAUCGUGAAUUUUUGAAUGAGAUAGGCAUGAUAUCUGCAUUGCAGCACCCUCAUCUAGUGAAGCUUUAUGGAUGCUGUAUUGAAGGAGAUCAACUUUUGCUAAUAUACGAGUAUCUGGAGAAUAAUAGCCUUGCUCGUGCCUUAUUCGGACCUGAAGAAUAUCAACUGAAAUUGGAUUGGCCAACUAGGCAGAAGAUUUGUAUUGGUAUUGCUAAAGGUUUAACAUACCUUCAUGACGAGUCAAGACUAAAGAUCGUUCACCGAGACAUCAAAGCUACCAAUGUUCUUCUCGAUAAAAAUCUAAACCCCAAGAUUUCCGACUUUGGUUUGGCCAGGCUGGAUGAAGAAGGAAAUACACACAUCAGCACAAGGGUUGCCGGAACCUAUGGAUAUAUGGCACCAGAAUAUGCCAUGCGAGGCUACUUAACCGACAAAGCAGAUGUUUACAGCUUUGGCGUGGUGGCAUUAGAAAUAGUCGGUGGUCGAAGCAACACAAGUUUUGGAACCAAGGAUGAUUGUUUAUACCUUCUUGACUAUGCUAACAUUUUAAAAGAGAGAGGGAAUUUAUUAGACCUUGUGGAUCCACGGUUAGGCUCUGAAUUCAACAAGACAGAGGCGAUGACGAUGAUCAAUAUAGCCCUCCAAUGCACGAAUAUCAGUGCUGCAGACAGACCCUCCAUGUCAACAGUAGUUGGGAUGCUGGAAGGGAAGAUUGCUGUGGAGUUGGUUUCAGAUCUCAAUCCCUCAAAGCAAGAUGUGAAUGCAAUGUGGAACCAUAUGUACCACCUGAAAGGGAAAACGACGGGCGAGAGUGAGACGCAAAGUAUGUUGACAUGUGAGAGUGAGACGCAAAGUAUGUUGAUGGAUGGACCAUGGACUGAUUCUUCAAUUGCUGACAGUGAUAACCUUCCCAUCGUGGUUAAUUCUAAAUACUCGGAGAACAGGAUUUAGUGUUGGUAUUAACAUGUAACUAUGGAAGCCUUCAAUUGCUUUGAUGUAUCCUCAUCCUUUGUUGGCUGUUCCACAUUCUUUUAUUCUUUGUUCCUUUUCAUGUUUUUCCA